AUGCGUCAUGACCAACUUGGCUGCAGAUCGAGGCGUCCCUGGCGGACACUCUUCGAACGCACUCUCGGAUCGUUGCCAUACGGCGCCGUCCUGAGCCUGGCGGGAGAAAACGGAGAGGAGAACCUUCCAGCCUCGACGGCAACGGCGGCGGCGGGCAAAGUUGUGUGGGCGAGCGAGGGGUUUGAGAAGCUGGCUGGCGUUGACGCUAUCGAUGUCGUUGGGCAGGAGGUCGGCUCCUUGUUCGAAGUAGGAGGUACCGAGGAGGAUGAGGAAGGCGAGGAAGCAGGAGAGCUGAAGCGAAGCUUGGAGAUUGGACAGGGUUGCACGCUGUGGAUGACGAUGGGGGAACAGCAGGAUGGCUUGACCAACGUGCUCUGCGUGCACCAACCGGUGACGGUGCCACCUCAGCUAAGCGAAGAGGGGAGGUACUCGGUUCUGCUUUUCUUUGAUACGGCCUCCGUCCUAUUUGAAAACCCACCAAGACAAGCAACAGAACAGCAAGCAGAAGGGGGCGAGGUUCGGGGGCAGCAAGCAGAUUCACUCUACCUAAAAGGGAAAGACCAAGACCGUGAGCAAUACCGACAACGGACCUGUUACAGCCUGUCGAGGGCGAUGGCAACUCUCUUGGCCGACAACGUCGACGUUGACAUCGCCGACGGUCUUUUGAAGGAGGCCUGCGUUUCUUUCGAUGGGAACAACGAUACCGGCUAUCAGAGCGAAACACUUACCCCAAGCGGUGAUGACAAGAGCGCACGCAUCGUCCACGGAAGAAGAAGGCUAGGGAGCAACGACAUCGAGGGAGAAGCCGGCGAUGUAUAUUUGGGCGGGCAGCGGGGGAGUGGUGAAGUCAGGGGUCCGACUAGCCAGGAACAACGCCCUUUGUUGCAAUCGAAACGAUCGGGGACGACCUACCGCUCUGAUGAUGUCUCUAGAUACGCGGCAGAGGAACGAAAAGGAGAAUACCUGAGAGGAGAUCUACUCCUGGAAAGCGGCAUCGUAGACGAGCAGCAGCACGGCGCCAGCCACAUCGAAGGCCAUCUAACCUCGAGCGGCCAGCUGGAGAACGGCCGUGGUAGCAGAAGCGGAGACGACGACGAGGAGGAAGGACGUACAAGUGGGAAUAUUAGACGAAUACAACAACACCGACAACAACAACCUCAGUAUUCUCCCGCGUUCUCUGCGGCAACAGAAAGUGGUGGAGCGGCGGAAUACUCGUCGGGGGACGAGAGUAGCACAGAACCAAGGGACGAUUUGCUGACGUCUCCUGGUCGUGAAGAGGCAACCGCGGCAGCAACGGUGUCACCGGCAGAGCCAAAGCUAUUUGAUGGCGGAGAUGAGCGAAUCGAUGGGGGAUCCAACAGCAACGUCCACCAUGGGGAUCUUAGCAACGGCGGCGGCAAUAGCAGCUUCGAUCGAAGCUUGUUUUCGCCAAGUAGUCGGCCUCCGGUGGCCGGCUCCCGAAUAAGCUUGGAUCGUACUCAAGAGAGCGAGGAGGAGGCCGGCACUGACGCAACGACGAUGCAGAGGAAAGGCAGCGACGACCCGUACGAGGACGAUUUCUGUUGUGAUGAAGAGGACGAGUCCCUACCGUUGUCUCUGUCUCGGCCGGAGCAGGAAGAAGGGAGAGUCACCGUCAAAAACAUCAGCAGCGACAACACCAUCAACCACGGUCCCGAUAACGGGGGUGGGUGGGGCGAAGCAGUUACCGGCGGACACCGUGGUGUCGACGGUGGUUUUGACGUCAAGGGUCACUGGCAAGAUGACAAGGAUGAUUCCUAUUCGUCAUCGUCCUCGGAUGGCGUAUACAGCGGCACGGUAGCGGGUGGGCUUAAGAUUAACCUGCACGGUGGUGGUGUCGACGGCGUGGAGAGCGAGCGCGAUGACAACGACGAGCUGACAUGGGAGGGCUCUCCGGAAGGAUCGAGCGCACACCAUAGUUACCACAACCCAUGUCAGGAAGGUCAAGAAAUAAAUGUAGAUGGCGAUGCUACAGGUUUUAGUGCCGUUACUGAUUUUCGGGGUGGCACGGACGGCAGUAGUCCCACCGAUGGAGUUUCUCGUCGAGACAAACCACCAUGA